GUUUGGUAAUGAUAUCUCCAAGAUAAAAGUAGAAGUUGUGAAACUAACUGAGAAGAGCAAGGCUCUGAUACAAGACUACUCCAAAAAGAUGGAUUUCAUUGAUGAAAAUAGCACUCUUCUCAAAAACGCGGUUUGUGCUUUAGAUGAAAAGCUAGCAGAAAGUACAAAAGAGAUUGGAAAAAUAUUAGAAGAUUCCAAGAAGGAUGUAAAUCAAUCUCAUAAAAAGCUUGAAGAGAGGUGUACUAAAAAUAGCUGCGAAGGACAAAAAUUAAUGAAGAAGGUUCAGAACGAACUGAACCUUCUCAAGGAUAGGAGUUCAAGUGAUCAAAAUCAGGUGGUGUCCUACCUAGAGGGCAUGAUUACAUUCGAGAUGGGAAGGACUGGUAAAAUGAUGAUGAAUGUGUCAGAAAGGAACCAUACAAAAUAA